AACGAGACGACACCAUGGCUCCGACAUACUCGCUGGCCUGAACUAUUCCGUAAUCGAUCACUCGAAAUUAUCACUACAUCAGCACAACAGCCCGACUUCGUCCAAGGUCAAGAUUACCUACUUGGCCAGUGGGGGGGAAGUUCAAUCAAGAGCUCUGCUGAGGCCGAAACUCAGCUGCGCAUUUUGCUCCGGGGCCUCGAUCUCAUGUUCAAUCGUGUGAUGGCUACAAUGGCCCGCACGUCGUACACGUCUCGCUGCUGGCUCAACACAUACUCAAGAAAUGACUUUUGGCCACAUCCGUCCCGAGCUGUGUUAUGCUCAAAAAGAUACAUUUCCGUCUGGAAGCGAUUGAUCUGUUUCGUCUUUCGGGUUUUGGGAUUCAAGGAACGGCAGCGUCAAGAGCUCUACAAUUUCAGGCUAGGACUAAAAGAAGAAAAGAUGAUGCAUUAUAUCCUAUCUCUCGCGAGGCAACUACCGAGUCGUGAGCAAGGCUGUUCCCACAUGCACCCUGUUGAGGACGAUGAAUCA